AUAGUGAAUAUUCUCGAUCUGGAACAAGACCCCUACUCAAUAGGGAUCCGGCUGCCUCGUGCAAUUCGACAGAGGGAAGUCCUGGCUGGGACUGAGCCUAUGUAUAGACAUCAGGCGCUGGCAUACCUCGGUCCGUCUGAGCUUUGACGAGUACCGCGUUCAGCUCUCUACUCUCUCCCUGAUACUCCUUUGCCUUACGAACCGCACAACGUUCUCCAGCCGCUAGACCGAUGGCCAUCCAAUGGAGCAUCAUCCUCAGCGCUAUCGUCGUCUUAUUCCUCAUUGCCCUCCUCUCCCGGUCGCGCAGGUCCAGCGCUCCCGUCCUCACAUCAGACUGGUUCUUCGGUUACCUCACCCUGUUCAGGAUGUUAACGCAGUACAACGAUCUGCUCGUAGAAGGGUACGCAAAGUUUAACAAACACGCUUUCCAACUCCCUGGGAUCAGAGGGUGGAUCGUCUUCGUCGGCAGGGAGCUGUAUGACGACCUGCGCAAAGCAAAAGACGACACGCUCUCCUUCUCGGAAGAGAUAACAGAUACCAUCUCCAUGGAGUACACGAUCGGCCGGGCUUACGCUACGGACCUGUGGCACAACGCCGUCAUACGCAAGCAGAUGACCCAGGCACUAGGUCCCAAGUUUCCGGAGGUGUAUGACGAGACUGUAUGCGCGUUCGAGGAUGAGCUGCGGCUCAGCAGGACAGAAUGGAAUUCGGUACACGCUCACGGCCUUAUCCUCUCCGUCAUCUGCCGUGCCUCUAACAGGCUGUUCGUCGGUCUCCCUCUCUGCCGAGACCCGGUCUACACCCAAAUCUCGCGCGAUUUCUCAGGAACGGUCAUUGCUGCAGGAGUCACUAUUAGCCUCUUUCCCAAGCUGCUCAAGCCGCUUGUGGGGAGAUGGGUCACUGCUGCGCCUAGAGCGAGGAGGAGAUUUGAGAAGUUUUUGGUGCCGAUGAUCGAGGAGAGACGGAGGAAGGAACAGGAGAUGGGAGAGCUUUGGGAGAAGGAAAAGCCCUCCGAUCUCCUCCAAUGGCUGCUGGACGCUUCGAAAGAACACAACCCCACAGCAGAGGAUAUCACCACCCGCAUACUGGGGAUCAACUUUGGCGCGAUGCACACUACGGCGCUCGGAUUCCUGCAUGUCCUGUAUUGGCUUGCCGCGCAUCCCGAAUACGCCCCAGUCCUGAGGGAGGACGUCGAUCACGCUCUGGCCAACUAUGGGUGGACGAAAGAGGCGCUCGGGAAGAUGCACAAACUCGACAGCUUCAUCAAGGAGUGCAUGCGGUUCACCGGGCUCACAGUGACUGCCAUGGGUAGAAAGGCGGUCAAGGACGUCAUACUCUCUGACGGGACCUUCGUACCCAAGGGGGCGAAGGUAGUCAUGAACGCCUGGAGCAUACAACACGACCCUGCCGUUUUCUACAAGCCCCUCGAGUUCGACCCAUGGCGAUAUUCAUCCCGUAUCGCGCGUGGGGAAUCGGAGGCUCUGAACAGCCUGGCCACGGCAAGCGGGGAGUUCUUCUUAUGGGGCGGUGGUGCCCACGUCUGCCCAGGAAGGUAUUUUGCCAGCCAGGAAAUGAAGACCAUGCUGCUGGUGAUCGUUUCGAGGUAUGACGUAAAAUUUGAGGGACUGCCAAAGAGGGUGAGGCCGAAAGAUACGUGGACGAGUUUUAGCUGUUUGCCGGAUCUGAAGCAGAGAGUUAUGUUCAAGCGAAGGGAGUAGACACGUUUGGCUUGGAGAUUUCUGGAACUGGAUAUGGAACAAGCGCAUUGGAUGAAACACCGCACGGAAGGCACCACUUUGCGACAUCCGGGGAACGCAGUUCUCGGGCAUGGUCUUUUGACUUCUACGUGAUAUGUAUAAUGUCUCGUAGGACUGCGAGGGACACAGCGCCUUACGCAGUUGCGUUCGGUGACCACUAGUUCCACCCAAGAGCGUGUUCUGCGACGUCUUCUUUAUCUGUAUUUAUAUCACCCGUACCAUAUCGACAAG